AUGGAGGCUGCUCGAGUGACCUGCCCUUGGCAGACGGACAUUGGAAGAAAAAAGAUGAUGAAAACGGAAUUUCUGGAGAAAGGUUUUCCUGUAGUCAUCAUCGAAGUCACUUAUUCAACUGCUAAUUCGCUAGUCUCCUCUUUAAGAUUACAAAUCUUCUUCAUUCCUUCAUUCUUUAUCUAUCUAUCUAUCUAUCUAUCUAUCUAUAUCUAUCUCAGUCUCUCUAUCUAUCUAUCUAUCUAUCUAUCUAUCUAUCUAUCUAUCUAUCUAUGCGCCUUCCAUCUGUCUAUUGAUAUCUCUCUAUCUGAUUCUUUCUCUCCCCCCCCUCCCCUACAUCGCUCUCUCCUCCUCUGUUAUAUAUAUAUAUAUAUAUAUAUAUAUAUAUAUAUAUAUAUAUAUAUAAUAAAAUCUAUCAUUCUUUCCUUAUCUCCACUUCUUCAUCCUCCCUACCUUCAUCUAUCUAUCUAUCUAUCUAUCUAUCUAUCUAUCUAUCUAUCUAUCUAUCUAUCUAUCUAUCAGUCUUCCAACGCCAUAUAG